AUGCCGGGUGCCAGCGGGGGCCUCGGGGGCUGGGGGUGCCUGCUGCUGCUGGGCCUGUGCAGCUGGACAGCAGCCAGGGCAGAAUCACCCAACCCCAUCAGGAACCUGAGGGCAGACGGCCAGACCAACAGCUCCAUCACCCUGAGCUGGGAGCCCCCCGAGGACACAGACCCCCAGGGCUACACCUACUGGGUCCAGUGGACGGGAGCGGGUGGCAGCAGCGAGAACACAAGCACAGCAGACCCCAGCUGUCUGGUGGGGGGACUAGCCGCGGCCUCCUCCUAUGUGUUCUUCGUGUGGCCAGAGAAGAACGGGGUCUCUGGAGUCAGGGUGAAUGGCACCUUUUCCACAGCCCCGAAUCCUGUGAGGAGAAUCAAGGUGGUCACCCAGACCCCCAGCUCCAUCACCCUGAGCUGGGCGGCCCUCGAGGACCAGGGGAACGUCAUCUACUGGGUGCAGUGGACGGCACCGGGCAGGAACCCAGAGAACGGAAGCACACCACAGACCCGUUUCACCCUGGAUGGGCUUGAACCCGGGACUUUGUAUCACUUGUCUGUGUGGGUGGAGAAGAAUGGAGUCAGCAGCUCCAGGGAGAAUCUCACAGCCGCCACAGCACCCAACCCCAUCAGGAACCUGAGGGCAGACGGCCAGACCAACAGCUCCAUCACCCUGAGCUGGGAGCCCCCCGAGGACACAGACCCCCAGGGCUACACCUACUGGGUCCAGUGGACGGGAGCGGGUGGCAGCAGCGAGAACACAAGCACAGCAGACCCCAGCUGUCUGGUGGGGGGACUAGCCGCGGCCUCCUCCUAUGUGUUCUUCGUGUGGCCAGAGAAGAACGGGGUCUCUGGAGACAGGGUGAAUGACACCUUUUCCACAGCACCCAGCCCCAUCAGGAACCUGAGGGCAGACGGCCAGACCAACAGCUCCAUCACCCUGAGCUGGGAGCCCCCCGAGGACACAGACCCCCAGGGCUACACCUACUGGGUCCAGUGGACGGGAGCGGGUGGCAGCAGCGAGAACACAAGCACAGCAGACCCCAGCUGUCUGGUGGGGGGACUAGCCGCGGCCUCCUCCUAUGUGUUCUUCGUGUGGCCAGAGAAGAACGGGGUCUCUGGAGUCAGGGUGAAUGGCACCUUUUCCACAGCACCCAGCCCCAUCAGGAACCUGAGGGCAGACGGCCAGACCAACAGCUCCAUCACCCUGAGCUGGGAGCCCCCCGAGGACACAGACCCCCAGGGCUACACCUACUGGGUCCAGUGGACGGGAGCGGGUGGCAGCAGCGAGAACACAAGCACAGCAGACCCCAGCUGUCUGGUGGGGGGACUAGCCGCGGCCUCCUCCUAUGUGUUCUUCGUGUGGCCAGAGAAGAACGGGGUCUCUGGAGACAGGGUGAAUGACACCUUUUCCACAGCACCCAGCCCCAUCAGGAACCUGAGGGCAGACGGCCAGACCAACAGCUCCAUCACCCUGAGCUGGGAGCCCCCCGAGGACACAGACCCCCAGGGCUACACCUACUGGGUCCAGUGGACGGGAGCGGGUGGCAGCAGCGAGAACACAAGCACAGCAGACCCCAGCUGUCUGGUGGGGGGACUAGCCGCGGCCUCCUCCUAUGUGUUCUUCGUGUGGCCAGAGAAGAACGGGGUCUCUGGAGACAGGGUGAAUGACACCUUUUCCACAGCACCCAGCCCCAUCAGGAACCUGAGGGCAGACGGCCAGACCAACAGCUCCAUCACCCUGAGCUGGGAGCCCCCCGAGGACACAGACCCCCAGGGCUACACCUACUGGGUCCAGUGGACGGGAGCGGGUGGCAGCAGCGAGAACACAAGCACAGCAGACCCCAGCUGUCUGGUGGGGGGACUAGCCGCGGCCUCCUCCUAUGUGUUCUUCGUGUGGCCAGAGAAGAACGGGGUCUCUGGAGACAGGGUGAAGCUCACAGCUUCUACAGCCCCCAGCCCCGUCAGGAGCCUGAAGGUGGACACUCAGACCACCAGCUCCAUCACCCUGAGCUGGGCGGCCCCCGAGGACCAGGGGAACUACACCUACUGGGUGCAGUGGACGGCAGCGGGCGGGAACCCAGAAAGCAGGAGCACAGCACAGACCACUUACAUUGUGGAGGGGCUGGACCCCGGGACUGUGUGUCACUUGUCUGUGUGGGUGGAGAAGAAUGGGGUCAUCAGCUCCAGGGAGAAUCUCACAGCCGCCACAGCACCCAGCCCCAUCAGGAACCUGAGGGCAGACGGCCAGACCAACAGCUCCAUCACCCUGAGCUGGGAGCCCCCCGAGGACACAGACCCCCAGGGCUACAUCUACUGGGUCCAGUGGACGGGAGCUGGUGGCAGCAGCGAGAAUACAAGCACAGCAGACCCCAGCUGUCUGGUGGGGGGACUAGCCGCGGCCUCCUCCUAUGUGUUCUUCGUGUGGCCAGAGAAGAACGGGGUCUCUGGAGACAGGGUGAAUGACACCUUUUCCACAGCACCCAACCCCAUCAGGAACCUGAGGGCAGACGGCCAGACCAACAGCUCCAUCACCCUGAGCUGGGAGCCCCCCGAGGACACAGACCCCCAGGGCUACACCUACUGGGUCCAGUGGACGGGAGCUGGUGGCAGCAGCGAGAACACAAGUACAGCAGACCCCAGCUGUCUGGUGGGGGGACUAGCCGCGGCCUCCUCCUAUGUGUUCUUCGUGUGGCCAGAGAAGAACGGGGUCUCUGGAGACAGGGUGAAUGACACCUUUUCCACAGCCCCCAGCCCCGUCAGGAGCCUGAAGGUGGACACUCAGACCACCAGCUCCAUCACCCUGAGCUGGGCGGCCCCCGAGGACCAGGGGAACUACACCUACUGGGUGCAGUGGACGGCAGCGGGCGGGAACCCGGAGAGCAGGAGCACAGCACAGACCACUUACAUUGUGGAGCGGCUGGACCCCGGGACUCUGUACCUCUUCUCCGUCUGUGCUGAACAGAACGGUGUCCGGGGAUCCUGGCAGCCCCUGAACAUCUCCACAGCUCCCAACGCCGUCCUGAGUCUGAAGAAUGAAACGCAGACCAAUGACUCGGUCACCCUGUGGUGGGAGGCACCCUCAGACCCCCGCUCUGGGGACUACACCUACCAGCUGCGGUGGGGCCCUGGGGGACAGGAAUCCCAGGCUCAGACCAAGGGGACAUCAUACAGGGUGGGGGCCCUCACGCCCGGGACCCUGUACAACUUCAGCGUGUGGGCAGAGGUCAACGAGGUAGCCAGCUCCAGCCAGCAGCUCUGGGCAUCCACAGCCCCAGUGCCUGUCAUCAUCACCUCCUGCACCAGCACCUCGGGGGGCUACGGGGUGGUCCUGACCUGGCCUUGCCCCCUGGGAGGCUCCGAGGCCUUCAGGCUGGAGGUGGGCGGGCAACAGAGCUCCUGGGAUGGGUCCUCCUGCCGGACAGACGCUUCAGCCGCCAUGUCCGCGAUCAUGUGGGGCCUGCAGCCGGCUCGGUCCUACCCUGCCACUGUCACCACCUUCUGGGAUGGCCUGGCAGCCCUUUCUGCCCCCGUGACCUGCCACACGGACAGCGCAGGGGUCAUUGCUGGGUCCAUCGUGGGUGUCCUCCUCUUGCUCCUGCUGGUGGGUCUGCUGCUGUUUUUCCUGAAGAAGAGGAAACAGAGUGAGAAGCAGCCAGCGCCAGCCAGCAUGCAGGUCUACAGCUUCCCCCUGGACAUGCCCGUGGAGGACUUUGCUGAGCACGUGAAGGAGAAUGAGAAGAACAGCAACUACGGCUUUGCUGUGGAGUACCAGCAACUGGCCCUGGAGGAUCCCAGCCACCCUCAGACCGUGGCCUCCGCUCCAGAGAACAGCGCCAAAAACCGCUACAGGAAUGUGCUGCCCUACGACUGGUCUCGUGUGGCCCUCCAGCCGUUGCUUGGGGAGCCGGGCUCUGACUACAUCAACGCCAGCUUCAUCCCGGGUCUCUGCAGCCCCCGGGAGUUCAUCGCCACCCAGGGGCCCCUGCCCCAGACCGUGGGCGACUUCUGGCGUCUGGUGUGGGAGCAGCAGAGCCGCACGCUGGUCAUGCUGACCAGCUGCACGGAGUCCGGCCGGGUGAAGUGUGAGCACUACUGGCCCCUAGACGCCCAGCCCUGCACCCACGGGCUCCUGCAAGUGAGCCUGGAGGGCGAGGAGGUGGCAGAGAACUGGACUGUGCGAGACCUGAGGCUCCGGCAUCUGCAGGAAGGCAGGACCCUCUCUGUGCGCCAGUUCCACUACACGACCUGGCCAGACCACGGGGUCCCCCACUCCCCGGACCCCCUGCUGGCCUUCCAGAAGAUGUUCCGACAGCAUCUGGCUCAGAACGCGAGGCAAGGCCCACCCAUCCUGCACUGCAGCGCCGGCGUGGGCCGCACGGGCACCCUCAUCGCCCUGGACGUCCUGCUGCAGCAGCUGGAGCGCGACGGCGUCCUGGGGCCCUUCAGCUUCGUGAGGAGGAUGAGGGACAGCCGGCCGCUGAUGGUGCAGACCGAGAGCCAGUACGUGUUCCUGCACCAGUGCCUCCUGAGCGCCCUGCAGUCGCUGCCCCGCGGCCCUACCCAGGAGCCCACCUAUGAGAACCUGCCCCGAGAGGAGGUGCCCAGCCCCGCCCAGGAGCCCACCUAUGAGAACCUGCCCCGAGAGGAGGUGCCCAGCCCUACCCAGGAGCCCACCUAUGAGAACCUGCCCCGAGAGGAGGUGCCCAGCCCCGCCCAGGAGCCCACCUAUAAGCUGCUGUGGUACAAGGACGAGGACGUGGCCCCUCUGCAGGCCCCUCAGAGUGAGGCCUGACCCCAGCUGCACACAGACAUCAGCCCCUGCUUCAGCCUAGCCCCCCUGGCCCCUGGCAGAACUGAGGGCUGGGGCCCAAAGCCCUGGGCCUGCAGGAAGGGGCCGGCCCCCCACCCCCAGGACUCCCUGGGGAGACAAGCCAGCUGGCUAUCACCUGGAGACUGGGGAGCUGGGCUCCUGCCCCGCAAGAGGAGAGGUGGGAGCUUGAGCUCCCAGGUUCUUGGAGGGAGAGGAGCUGGGGGCUGGGUUAGCAGCGUCUCCAGGAAGAAGCUGCCCUCGCUGGCA